GUAGUUUCAGUGCGGUGCAUGAACAGUACCCGGGGAGCAGCACAGCCGCCAGCUCCUGCCCAGCAUUCCGUGCGUGCGAGGGAAAGGAACAAGGGAUACAAUGUUCCUCAGCGUCACUCUCAGUGGCCCUUCACCCUGGGGAUUUAGGCUGGUGGGGGGCAGGGACUACAACACCCCUCUGACUAUUUCAAAGAUUAACCCUGGGAGCAAGGCGGAAUUGGCUAACCUGUAUCCAGGAGAUGUUAUCCUGGAAAUCAAUGGGGAGAACACGGAGAACAUGAAUCACCUAGUUGCUCAAAACAAGAUUAAGGCCUGCACAGAUCAACUGAUGCUUUCCAUAAACAGACGUGAUGGAAGAACCUUGUUAAAUGAAGAAGAACUGAAAAGGCAGCAACGUAAAUAUAGUUUGGAAGCAGAGUUGCAGGAUAUCUUCCCUACAGAAAUCACCCAGACUCGGAGAUCAGCACCGGUAUCUCCUCGGGGUAGCCCAAGUGACAGCCGACAAAUACCACUUCAACAGUACAACAACCCUUCAAAGCUCUACACAAACAACAACAACAUAGAAGCAAACUUGUCAUCACAUAUGGCAAGAAUCAAUCUCUCUUCCCCGCAGAGUGUUGAUCCCUUCAGAUCAGUCCCAAAAAGCAAGAAUGGGAUAGAUACGGAAUCAGAUGUGUACAAGAUGCUUCAGGAUUACGUAGAGCCUGUGUCACAACCCAAGCAGUCUGGAUCGUUCAAGUACUUGCAGGACAUGUUGGAAGCCGGAGAGAAUGGUGAAAAGCCGGAAAGGCCGCCCAGCUCCAGAAACAUAAAAUCACCAGUGUCUAAACUGAGCAGCCCCUUGCCUGGCCUGCAGAUGCUCCCUCAGUGCACCAGAUGUGGGAAUGGCAUUGUUGGCACCAUAGUGAAGGCGCGAGACAAGCUCUACCACCCAGAAUGCUUUAUGUGUGACGACUGCGGCCUAAACCUGAAGCAGAGGGGAUACUUCUUCAUUGAAGAGCAGUUAUACUGCGAAACCCACGCCAAGGAGAGAGUCAAGCCGCCUGAAGGAUAUGAUGUUGUUGCUGUGUAUCCCAACGCCAAGGUGGAACUCGUCUAACCAGCCGCAUAAUCACGAAUCCAUGGAUAGGUCUGUGCCGUCGCAUUGCUUAAAGGGCCACUAAACCUAAAAUACUCAGCGGCCCAUAAGGAAAAACUCACAUUUUGAAUCUUUGACAAAGAAUAUGUAAAAGUUCCUAUUCCUUUACAAAAUAAGUGACAUUAAAUAAACCCUUGCUCAUUCAUGCAGGGCAGGAAAUCUGAUGUGCAUGGAUGAAUUCUUUCCCCCGAGAUCACAGCCUUUUCUCAAAUAUGUUGAGUUUAACAAGCUACUAAAGUGUUAUAUAUAUAUAUAUAUAUAUAUUUGUCAGAGUUGCCCCUAGCUCUUCUUCUUAAGAUAUUCUGCAAUGUAGUGUUCCUUAAAAAUAAUGAUGUUCUCGUAUUUAUAUGUGCCUUGCGGACAGUGCCAGGACCCCCUUGCAUCCAUUCCUCCCCAUCAGCCUGACUAUACAAUGGCUACAGUCUCAUAUAGAGAAAUGGCAAUAAUGGGCAACUCCACUAAGGAAUGAAGGUUGUGCGUCUGACUUUGUGAGGCCACUAAUACAGUUUUCCCUACCCUAGUCUGGGGGUACCCCAGCUCCUUAGUGCAACAAAACCCUCCUGUAUCUGAUACACACAGACACAAACAAUGACACACACACUGACACACAGGCACAUACACACUGACACACAGGCACACACACAGUCACACACACACCCAGACACAUACAUAGUCACACACAGGCACACACAGACAAGACUCAGCCACGUUACUGAGACUUCACAAUAUUCAUUUUUGCUUACAUAACCAUUUAGAUGAAACUGUAAUGUUAUUAACAUUUAUUGUCCAUCUGUUCUCGCAUUUGUACUUUUUGCACAUGUCUUGGUUUAACCCAAGAGGUUACAGCAUCAGUCUGGCACCAAGCAAUAUCCUUUGUAAAUAAUAAGUUGCUUUCAACUCCUGCUCCAAUAAAAAUACCAUUUCUUUUUAGUAAA